AUGAGUAAAUAUGUAUGGUUUGGAAAUUUUGUAUCUGAAGCAGAUUUUGAAUGCUAUUUAGACCAAAAGCGGUGUUUGGAAGCAUGGGCCAUAUAUGACAAUGAGCCUGCUACAGGGGAUGAUAAUAAUGCAGAACCAAGUACAGAAUUACGUUGCGAUUUCUGUAAGGAGGUUGAUUUGGAUUUUUAUGAUGAGGAUUUUAUGAUCAUAAAAUAUUAUCCACAAGAAGAUAUUGCUAUAAUUGCUUCGGAUUUACUGGUGGAUAAAAGGGAACUUGAGGCAUUAUUUAAAAAGAAAAAUAUCAAGAAAUUUAAUUCUGUAAUAGCGUAUGAGGGUGCUGAUCUAACUGAAGAACAAGCUUCUAAUUCAAUGGGAGUAGUGUAUAUUGGAAACCUAGUGAUGAAAUCUGCAUCUGCUUUACAAGCUCACUAUUUAUGGGUUGGUGAUAAAAAAUUAGACAAGAAAACUAUCCUUAAACAUGCUGGUAUUAGAAAAGAUAGUUUAAUAAAAUUAAGUUAUAAUCAUGCUUCUAGUCCUAGAAAUGUUGAUGAAAUGUUGAUUCUUAAAGUUGAUAAUUUGAAUAUUAUUACCGUUAAUUCGAUUCUUGAAUUGAUUUUGAAGGGAGACGUUAGAGUAGAUGAUGAAAGAAUCGGUGGCGCGUUGGGAAUGACUUAUAUUGGGAAAUUCUAAGUUAUCAAGUACUUGUAAAUAAAUUUUGGGUGCAAAAUUUUUGCUCUAUAUUGAGCAAAUUCAACCAUUAUGUUACAUUAAUAACUCAUAAAUUAAUGUUCAUACAACAAUACUUGUAGCUCGUGGUAUAAACCUCUACAUUUAGAGUACGUUCUAUAUCGAUAGAAAAUAUUUGAAAUUUUCAACUAAAAUA